AAGGGGCUGUUCCCUAGCCGCGCGAGCCUUCAGCAGAAGCGCGCCGCUUCGCCUGGAGCUCUUGCCGCCCAGCUCUCCGCUGCUCGCCGCGGUCACCCGGGAGACUGACCGCGCCAGUUCGCCGACCCGAAGCGCAUUUCCAUGGCAGCCGCGAAGAAAGCAGUUUUGGGGCCAUUGGUGGGGGCAGUGGACCAGGGUACCAGCUCUACACGUUUCUUGGUUUUCAAUUCAAAAACAGCUGAACUACUCAGUCAUCACCAAGUGGAAAUAAAACAGGAAUUCCCAAGAGAAGGAUGGGUAGAACAAGACCCGAAGGAAAUUCUGCAAUCUGUCUAUGAGUGUAUAGAGAAAACAUGUGAAAAACUUGGACAGCUCAAUAUUGAUAUUUCAAACAUAAAAGCCAUUGGUGUCAGCAACCAGAGGGAAACCACAGUAGUCUGGGACAAGCUCACUGGAGAGCCUCUCUACAAUGCUGUGGCUGCUCCAGUUUCUCCUGGCUCUUCAGUUCCAGUUGCCGUUGUUCCCUCUGGCUCUUCAGUUCCAGCUGCUGGUACUUCCUCAGUGUGGCUUGACCUAAGAACCCAGUCUACCGUUGAGAAUCUUAGUAAAAGAAUUCCAGGAAAUAAUAACUUUGUCAAGUCCAAGACAGGCCUUCCACUUAGCACUUACUUCAGUGCAGUGAAACUUCGUUGGCUGCUUGACAAUGUGAGAAAAGUUCAAAAGGCUGUUGAAGAAAACAGAGCUCUUUUUGGAACCAUUGAUUCAUGGCUCAUUUGGAGUUUGACAGGAGGAGUCAAUGGAGGUGUCCACUGUACAGAUGUAACCAAUGCAAGUAGGACAAUGCUUUUCAACAUUCAUUCUUUGGAAUGGGAUAAAGAGCUCUGCGAAUUUUUUGGAAUUCCAAUGGAAAUUCUUCCCAAUGUCCGGAGUUCUUCUGAGAUCUACGGCCUAAUGAAAAUCUCUCAUAGCCUGAAAGCUGGGGCCUUGGAAGGUGUGCCAAUAUCUGGGUGUUUGGGGGACCAAUCUGCUGCAUUGGUGGGACAAAUGUGCUUUCAAGACGGACAGGCCAAAAACACGUAUGGAACAGGAUGCUUCUUACUGUGUAACACGGGCCAUAAGUGUGUAUUUUCUGAACAUGGCCUUCUGACCACAGUGGCUUAUAAACUCGGCAGAGACAAACCAGUAUAUUAUGCAUUGGAAGGUUCUGUAGCUAUAGCUGGUGCUGUAAUCCGCUGGCUACGAGACAACUUGGGAAUUAUUAAGUCCUCAGAGGAAAUUGAAAAACUUGCUAAAGAAGUGGGUACUUCUUAUGGCUGCUACUUUGUUCCAGCGUUUUCAGGGUUAUAUGCACCUUAUUGGGAACCCAGUGCAAGAGGGAUCAUCUGUGGACUCACUCAGUUCACCAAUAAAUGUCAUAUCGCUUUUGCUGCAUUAGAAGCUGUUUGUUUCCAAACUCGAGAGAUUUUGGAUGCCAUGAACCGCGACUGUGGAAUUCCACUCAGUCAUUUGCAGGUAGAUGGAGGAAUGACCAGCAAUAAAAUUCUUAUGCAGCUACAAGCAGACAUUCUGUAUAUUCCAGUAGUGAAGCCCUCCAUGCCAGAAACAACAGCUCUGGGAGCUGCCAUGGCGGCUGGGGCAGCCGAGGGGGUCGGUGUAUGGAGUCUCGAGCCCGAGGAUUUGUCAGCUGUUACCAUGGAGCGGUUUGAACCUCAGAUCAAUGCUGAGGAAAGUGAAAUUCGUUACUCUACAUGGAAGAAAGCAGUGAUGAAGUCAGUUGGUUGGGUUACAACUCAGUCUCCGGAAAGUGGUGACCCUAGUAUCUUCUGUAGUCUGCCUUUGGGCUUUUUUAUAGUGAGUAGCAUGGUAAUGUUAAUCGGAGCAAGGUACAUCUCAGGUAUUCCAUAAAUAAUACCACCUCAUGGAUUGCCAAGAUGCAAGCUUUUUACAUAAUGUGAGAAUCCAACAAUUCUGUCUCAUAAUGUGAUGACACUAUUCAUAGACUCUGAUUUUUUUAAUAAGCCACUUGGUGCAUGAUCCUCCAAGUAGCCCUGUGGCCUGAGAUAAAGAACAUGCAGCAGAAAGAAUGCUCCAGAAACAUUUAGCAUUUAAAAAAAAAAUCAUUGACAGUUAAGGUUGAGCCAUCUACUUCAGGGGCUGACCCUCUCCAUUGGCUUGAUAUCCUACACUGUUCCCUCUAAUAUCUAGGAUGAAUUUGUAUCUUAUCCAUUAGAACUGUUUAUCCAGUAAUUCAGAUGCUAGUGGACCUAGAUUUGAUUCUCUACACUACACGUGUUUGGUGAAGGGAUUACUACUGUCCUGCUAAAAUGAGUGGCUUUUUGUUUGUUCGAUUUUUAACAGACCCCCUAAGUGUCUUCUUUUCUACAUAUUAUAAGACCACAGAAUCACUGAAUAUUUAAAUGGAACCUCUACUGAAUUUUCUAUUAUCAUAGCUUGGGACAUUUUCUGAACAGUUUGCCAAAAUAGAAAUUCUUCAGAUAUUUUACACUGUCUUGCUAAUUGUCAUGGCUUUCUGUUAGAUCUUAUAGGGAAGGACACUUUCUUUUUCUUUUCAUCUCUCCUUUUCGUAUUUUUUAUUAUGUAUGUAUAACAUAUAUGCCUAUAUAUUUUAUAUACUAAGGGUAGCCCAUUUAUAAAUUAAGAACACAUUAUAUUCAAUAGGUUAUAACAGGGCUGGUCUUAAGUGGACUACUAUGUAUAUAAAUUUUUGGGGAAACAGCCUUAUACAUUUUUGGGCAACGGUUAUGCAUAUUAUUUACCAAGAGAAAAUUUUUCUUAAAAAGCCAACAUUUAAAAUUUAAGUAUAUGUUCUAUGUCAAUAAAAGGAAAUGUACUAUACUGUGACUUCAACUAUAUACUUAUACUCUUGCCAUUUUAUUUAAUUAUGUCAGCUGAAUAAAUCAUAUUUUAAAAAGAAAAACAAUUGUGGCAUAGUACAGUAAAUGUUGUUCUCAAACAUGAGUACCAGUACAAAUAAAAUUACUUUUCCUUUGAA